CAAAAAUCGAGGCCAGAGAGUUCUAUGGUAAAGUCAGGCAAGCUGUGUCAACAAAAAGCAUGGCUGGGUCAAAGUUCACUCACUCUUCUGGGCAAAACGGCUGUCAUUCCUCAGUUUCUAAUUUCUCACAUGCUGGGGAAGAUGGUCUCUUCAGAGUCCACCCGUCAGUAUUCCAGGCGUUGGCAGAAUACAGGCCAGUGGCGGCGCUAGAGAGCACCAUUUUCACCCAAGGCAUUCCCUACCCACACAGCGUGAGCGGGUACUCUGUCCUUGGGUCUACAGAGCGACCUGCUAUAAGCUGUGCCCGUCCCUGAGGAGCAUGCAGCAGCCGGCCAACCGAUUGAGGACGCUAUACAGGCUGCACUGGCAGAGGCCAGGUAAGGAAUGCAUUAGGCUUAAAGGGAUGUUCCACUCAAAAUAGAACAUAAUAUGAUUUUUCAUGUUGCCUGUAGCUGAAUCCCCAUGUUUUUUGGAUAUGUAUUUUGCUUACUUAGGUAUUUGAUAGUGAUAUUGUGUUUUGUCAGUAUCACUAUAGAGCCCCAUUCACUGAGCACUUAGUCUUUUGGUUCUCAUGGUCUGUCUGUGCUCAUGUUGUUUUUCUGAACGGUUAUUUCCUGAUCUCUAGAUAGCUGCUUGCAUGGCUGACAUCACAGGAAGUCUCCUUAUCAGAGUCUCUUUGUGGUUGCACUAACAUGAGAAAAGAAUUGAAGUUUUAGUAUUUUAGAGAGAGAGAGAGAGAGAGAGAGAGAGAGAGAGAGAGAGAGAGAGAGAGAGAGAGAGAGAGAGAGAGAG